UGGCUAUAGGCGCCCUAGGUUUAAAUAAUGAUAUCGCACUCCCACCUUGUUACCAGACCUUUUCGCUGGCCGUGUCUACUAUUACUUGAUGCGAGCAUAUGCCCUUGUCUAAAGUUGGAACCUUCACAAGCUCUACUCUUUUUCUUAAUCUCUAACUUUAGGAUGGUAUACUAAACCUACAUAUGCCUCAGGGGAAGUAGUUCCUCUGUAGCUCGAAGAUAGGGGCUUCCCACAACAUGUUACUAUACCUUCUGCGAUGGACACUUAUUGCAGCUUCCUUCAUUUUGUCAUGUCUCGCAGAAGACGUGCGCCGUACAACCGCUGUGUCGCUGCUCGAUCUAAUGCCAAAAUGCGCCGCAACCUGCAUCGAAAACUUCAUAAUCUCCGAAUAUCCAAAGAGUUCCUGCUCUAAGGGGUGUGAUCUCACUUAUUUGUGCACGACGAAUACAACGAGCGGGUACACUCUUGGGGAAGGGGCAUUGCGGUGUAGUCUCUCCACGUGCAGUAUGGAGGUGGCAUUGAGUUUCGAUACCUACGGAAUCUGUGAUUCUGUAGCUAGCGCUCUGCCACGCACCCAUGCUACAAUCGUUGCCACCACCAUGUCUCUAGUUAACCCUACUGCUACCACAGCUGCUUCUGCGGCGAUAACGACGACUAAGGCACUAACUACAGACUCUGUUCCAAUCACAGAUCCCAAACCUACGAGUACGCGAACCAAACACACAACCACCACCUCUGUCACAGCAUUCCAGACUCCAGUAUCUGCCACGGAUAGCAACCAGGUCCCUUCCAACACAGACUCCGAGGAGCCAACAGUUUCUGGUACAUCUUCAAUUUCUUCUCCUAGUGCAACCUUGAGCGAAUCUCCAGGUUCCUCACCUUCCAACGGCACCAGCCUUGACCCCGGUGCUGUUAUCGGGGUUUCUGUUGCUUCUGGAGUCUCUGGAUUCUUCAUUAUUGGAGUCGUCAUAUUCUUCUGCUGUAGAAAGAUUAGACGUAAGAAUCAGCAUGAGCGAGAUCGAAAUUUUUUUGAAAUUGGAGGCAUUAUGUCAGAGCCUCCGGAUUUCGAUUUUCCACCAAAACGUCCGCCACUAGGACUCCAGCCCUCACCUCGCAUACUGAACCCAGAUUCCGAGAGUGCGAGGCCUGCGCCUCUGUCUGAAACCGAAAAUCACAAUUAUCAAAACCCAGCCGUCGUUGUUACCGAACCGGAUAAUGAGUACGGCUACAGCCGCAUGACUACGGAUAGCACAGAUCGUAUGGGGUUGAAAUCGUCCUCCCAUGCUGAUUUUGAUGUCGCGUCUAGUGAGUCAUCUCGAACAGUUUCCGACUUGCUUCCCGACAAGCCUACUUAUGAACUAUGUCCGCGGCCUUUGCGAUGGAGUCAACAGAAGAAGCUGGGACCCUCUAGUGGUGAAACUUUGUUAGAGGAUGGUUUCAUGGGACCAAGAUACUUUCCUAGUUCAUCACCCCAGCAAUCGAGUUUCUCGGGAUUGGCAGGCCAAUCAUAUGGAAACAGUGGGUUCAGUCGACAUCUGGUUGCAGGACUUCCAGCGCAUCCACGUGCGAUGUUGUAUGGAUUUGGGAGAGGCCGGGUUGGUGAUACGCGAGCGAUGAAUGGGCAAGAUUACGGAAAGAAGCCCAUCUUCACGAAUGCGAAAGAGAAGGUUCAGCCCUCUCCACAAGCCAAUGUUUAUGAAACUCCUCUACACCAACCCCCCCAGGCCCAUCCUUUUAACCAGAGUAAUGAUUUCGAUAGUUAUUGGCGGCCCCCUGACGCUGGGCUUGGAGGGUUUGGAGCGGGACCGUCUCGUGUUACGGCACGUCGUUCUUUCCCUGGUCCUAAGGUGAAAAGAAAGUCAUUUGGGGGCUCUCUUGGACCCGACUUUGAGACGGUCGACAUCAACGAUAAUACCGAAUCCCGUCGAGCGUCCCAUCACUCUGGGAAUUUUCGAGCACUCACCCCUGUGAGAGAGAUCAAGACACCGACCAGUGAACCACGGACAUAUUUGAGCAAGAACAUAUCCGGGGACCUUGAACAUGCAAUAUCUCCACCAGAACCACCCUCUGGAUUGUUCAAUCCAACUAAGGAGAUAAUUUCAAGGCCCAGGAUUGUUCGACGAGAUGAUAUUAAACGUGUGCAAAUACGCCGAGGCAAACCCUCCGCCAAAGGGUUUGGCGUCCCCUUUUGCCCCGACAACUACUGGGAGGGGAAGGAUACAUUCCGGCCAGAAUUUCCGGGGAGUUCAAGUACGCACCCCAAAAAAAAAACAGUAAUGGGUAUGCCCAAGAAAAAACCGUUGCCAUUGGAGCAGCGUAACCUAUCCCCCUCCCGGAGAGGCUCUGACUUGAUACUCCAAGUGGACUGAAAAUAAUAAUGGAACUCUCGAAUAGCAUGUGUUGGGUGUGAAGCAUCGCAUAUUACUUUCUUUCUCUACCAUGUAUUAUCUACCCCAUGAUCUAUGGAUAUAUACUUUUCUUGCACAUUAGCGC